CAGAGGUGUGAAUUUAAAAAGCAAACGGAAAACAAGCCUGUUCAUACUACUAGAGGUACCUCAAGGCAUUUAUGAAACUUGAGUCUUCCUGUUCCCUCCCCUGUGGCUAUUGUAACAUGUUUUCUGUUUCUCCUUCUAGGCAGAACUGCUGAGACUUUCUAAAAUGCCUUUAUGCUUCCGGAGUUCCGUCCCAUUUGCCGUACCUGGAGCGCUGGCACUUCUUGCAUGGUGGAUUUAUUCCCAUAGAAAAAAGCAUGGAACCUAUGAAGAGGAACCAGCAGUAGCUGCUGAAGAGCAGCAGGAAGAAGCGACACAGCAGGAUUCAGCACCAGGAACAGAACCAUGUGUUCCACAAAGACAGCUCUCCUUGCUGGAAGAGGAGGCCACAGAGAACAAAACCUCAACCUCCCUGCUGACAGCGGGGUUGACGAUGCCCUCUGUUAGGUGUCACACUGAUGAGAGGCUGGAUCUCUCACCAGACUUACCAGUGACAACAAAUCAGCCCAGCGCCCUUGAGAACGGCAGUGAAACACUAGAAGAAGAGGGAUCUCAAGACAAAAAGAGUGUCCCUUGCACAUCCACGUGUGAAGGUGGGGCAUGUGUGGAGGGCCUGGUGCAGAGCACAGUGCUGGCUGUUGCAUCGGGCCAGCAUUCAGAGUUACUGAGUUUACCUGCAAGCGGAGACACAAGUGCUGGGCAGAGCUCCGGGCCAAGUGAAACUCAGCCUCCUGUGAGGCUGCCUGAGGACAAUGACGUGCCGUACAGCACUGGAGUGCUGCGAGAGGAUGGUCCAGAGCCGUGUAAGGAGCGUAGCAAGGCACCAGGAAUAGAUGGAGGCUGCCCACAAGGAUUGGAUGGACAUGGUACGGGUUUUGUGAACAGUGGCUGUGCCAUGAAGAAGGCAGUGACUCAGCAGAACACUGAGACAGGGGGAGAAACCAGCAAGUGCGACCACGUCAUCUGGGAAAUAGAAGUCCCAGAGAAAUCAGUUGGCCGCUUGAUCGGCUGGCGAGGAAAGUUUGUGAGCUUCCUGAGGCAGAAGUCUGGUGCCAAAAUCUAUGUCAGGAGAAAGCCGUAUUUGCGUGACUCCCAGGUCUGUUACAUUGAAGGUUUCCCGCAUCGAGUAGAAAAAGCACUGAGUCUGAUUGGCAGGAAGUUCAAGGAGCUGUGUCUCACCAACAUCCACAAUCUACCUCCACCAGCACCACUGACACUUCGUCGCCUCCUCAUGAAUGCCUGGCUCUUCCUUCCGGAUGGAGUCACAGUGGAGGUGGUUGUGGCGCACCAAGUCGAUGCAGGGCACAUGUUCCUGCAGCAGCACACUCACCCCACUUUCCAUGUCCUGAGGAGCCUUGAACAGCAGAUGUCUGUCUGCUACUCUGAACCCAAAAUUCCAGCCCUGCCAACUCCAGUAGAAGCUGGUAUUAUCUGCGCAGCUCCAGGCCUGGAUGGGGCAUGGCUACGGGCUCAAGUUAUCAGCUACUUUGCAGAGACCAGUGAAGUGGAACUCAGAUAUGUGGACUACGGAGGAUAUGACAAAGUGAAGGUGGACACACUCAGAUACAUCAGGUCUGACUUUUUAUCGCUGCCUUUCCAAGCAGCAGAAGUUUUACUGGACGAUGUGGUGCCUCUUCCAGAUGAGGAUCGCUUCUCCCCUGAAGCUGACGCGGCUGUUGGCGAGAUGACCAGAGGCGCGGUCCUUGUGGCGCAGGUAGCAAAUUAUGACAGUGCAACAGGACUGCCACUGAUACAGCUGUGGAACAUGAUGGGCGAUGAGGUGGUGUCCGUAAACAGAACUCUGGUGGAAAGAGGCCUUGCUCGGUGGCUUGACUACUAGCAAUGUCCUACCAUUUCCCUACAAACACAUACCUCAUCUCGGUGAAAGGCAGGGUUAUUAAAAGCCAUAAUGACAAAUACUGUAGCUUGAAAGCAAAAAUCGUCUGGCCUCUGUUCAAAAGCUGAAUGGGAAAAACCUUCAAACCUUACGGCUCGUUCGAAGGUAGCAAAUGCCCCUUAAGCUGUGGUCAGUCCACCUGUGUAAUACCCAUGAACUUAGUGUCUGCUUUUCCUUCCAAGUUACAUUGGUUGUCCUUUUUUAACAGGCUCUGCCUAUGAAAUUAACAAAUGUGAUUAAGGAAUUUAAGGUUCAGUUAUGGAUUUCUCUAUAUUGUGCCACUAGCCUGCAUAAACAAUAUUCAUCUUGUGUCUUCCUUAUGCCAGGAGGGAGAUGAACUGCAGUCGUUGCACUUAACAGUGGCACAUGUCUCCCUGCAAUCAUGGUUUUUAGGCUUGAUACGCUUAAGGAAGAAAGCUGCUCUGUGCAGAUGCUUGAAGGCAGGAUGUGUUACCACUACAAUUUUUGCUCUGAAAUGAUGUGUAUUUAAAGAAAAGAACCGAUUGCCAAGCCCAGUUAUAGUUUCUAUUUUUCUAGCUGUGCAAGUCUGUAAAUAUAUAUAAAAAACCCAACACUGUAAUGUUUUGUACAAGAAAAACACUGGAAACAAAGGGAACUUUACAGAAACUUUUUCACACCAAGACGUCCUCUGUAGGUAGAACUGGUUUGGAGUGCAAUAGGGUAGCCAACAUUGGAGCAUCAGAAUGUUGGGAGUGUUUCAGCUCUGCUGUAGACAGGAUUAGGAUUCCCUUAGGUUGCUGUCUGGUUGGACUUGUCAUCACUGCAUUCUUUACUAUGUUGCUGUGCAGUUCUGUUUAAAAAGAAAGGGAUAACUCGGCAUUAAAGCUGCAGUGGUGUUCUCCUCUC